AUCCCUGCAUGGCCAACUUCCAGUCAACCAGUCAUAUGGUGUGGGACUUGUGUUGCCGCAGCACUCGAGUAUCAUGCCUUGCCAAGAAAAUAUUUCUCCACUUUAUGCCCCAAUGGAUCCCCGCAAUCGCCCUGGUGAUACCUAUGGAUCCGUUAGAUGGUGGACCGGGCGAUUCUCUACACAUCGACACAGACAAGAUGAGGAUAUCUCGAGUUUUCAUAGAGGUGUGGGGGUUUGAGACUGGGUCGACUUUUUCCCUCGGGCUGGAGGAAUCUCCCCCUAUCCGGGAGCAGAGGCCCCUCGGCAUAAUGUCUUAUGGUGACAACAACCUGCGGUACCGGUACGGUACCUCAGGCGCAACAACAAAACUCCACUCUACGGCACUUCAAUUCUUCGCAACCAACUCCUUUCCGAAGGUUUUAUCACCGCAGGUAUGGCCGCCGUCGUAGCUCCGCCAUCAUUGCUCCAAGCAAUUGAUAUGACAACCGUCCUGUCACUCCUCUUCUUCGCCUCCCUCCUGUUGUCCUCGUACCUCUCCGCCAAGUACUUUCUCCCCGUCGGGACCUCCUCCAAGACCCGAUUCCUCUACGGCUGGCACAUCUUCGACGCGUUGAUCCACAUCCUCUUUGAAGUCUCGUUCCUGUACUGCUCCUUUUUCUCCUCGGCUCCCACCGGCUUGACGGGAAACAGCGCGACCGUACUGUGGGGUGACUUGUCGCGUGCUUAUGGCGCCGAGCACUCCACCAGCCUGUUUGGACAUCUGUGGAGGGAGUAUGGAAAGGCGGAUAGGCGGUGGGCCCACGCCGACAUUGGUGUUCUCGCCUUAGAGAUCCCUACUGCCUUGAUAGGGGGCCCGUUGGCGUGGUGGGUUUCCGAGUUGAUCCGUAGGAGGGAGAGGAGUGCUUGGUUCUGGAUGCUUGUGCUUGCGGUGGCGGAGAUUUACGGAGGUACGUCUUGCUAUCGGGAGUCAUAGUGGGAAGGAGUGAGGAGGAAGUGAAGUGGCUAAUCAAGGCGGACGGGUGUAGGAUGGAUGACCUUCGCUCCAGAGUGGCUUACUGGUAGUCAGAAUCUUGACACUAGCAAUCCCAUGUACACGUCCGUAUUUCCCUUUUUCUUUCGCACUUUCGCUACUCGUCAGGCUAACGGAUCGCACCACCAGUUGGCUCUACCUCUUUGCCAUGAACACAAUCUGGGUCAUCAUCCCCGUGUGGAUCUGCUUCGAGAGCUAUGCGGAGAUAGUCGCCACCGCGUCCACCGGGGGAAUCGACGCACUCAAUCACAGUGAUGCCGGCGCUGGAGGGAAAAAGUCCCAGUAGUGAUUGAUUCAUGUAUGAUUGCUAUAAUACCCAGUAUUGCUCUAGCGUUUUUCUAUACAUAUCGAGCCCUAAUAUUUGUCCGGUUACCCCGUGAAUCAAUCAGUUCUAUCGUUCCCUGUUUUUUUUCAUUCGUGAAUGCUACACUGUCUAGACUGCGAACCCCUCCCCUCACCCAUCGACCGCACGCGGGAAAAGGAGGGGAACAAAUGUUCACUGUUACCUAAGAUACUUGCCAGCGAGCAAGUACAAGUACGUGUAACGGUUGUCGGACCGUGACUGACAAUCACGCUUAACCCUAUACGUCCAACGCCACCAUGCACACAGUAACUAUAACAGCCGUAUCAUACAAGUAUCAGUGCUCGAGAACCAUGCUGUUGCCCGGGACAAUAGAAGGGGCGAAGGAAGAAGCGACAGCAAACCAUACGAAUCCGACAGCGAAGUGAGUCUUCUGGAGAUUUUCGUGAGUGGCAUGAACCAAGGCUGCCGAGAUUGCGGGAUGGUUUUUAGGGAUAACUCACUGGGGUCUUACCAUGUCAUGUUUGACAUCGAUAAGUAGGGCCCAGCUUAUCCACGAUAGCUAGGAGAGCGGCGAACGGUGCGACCGAGUGGGAUAUCGCACAUUGCAAAGUGCCACGCCAUCCCGAUCUGACCGUCUCUAUGACAAAGCAUCGCUGCAGCCUUCGGAAGGCUGCUCUUUCACAAUAUCAACAUUGCAGUCCAACGCCCUACCAGUACUGUAUUAUAGUUCCAAACCACCAGAGGCCACCCGAUCACCCUCAUGCCCCGAACGUACCUCCGCCGCCCCAACAAUCACAGGGCAUACAACAGUGUACCCCCAGCGGCAUUACCCGAAAAUAAAACAGGGUUCGUCCUCUGCUGCCCCGCCGGCUACCUGUACGGCUUUCCCAGUGUUCAAGUUGCAGUGAAGGCCUUCGCGUUCGCCGUGUGAUAUAACAUAGCGGUCUUGUGCAUUGCGUUUAUGCCCAAGGCAGGAUAUUGUAUUUCCGAGCGUGAUCCACCGUGCAUGCCCGCUGGACGGGAGGAUGGAGUCCAGGGAGGGGAGCACUGUAGGGCAGUGCAGGCUCCUUGUGGCGGUUACACACUUUUUUUUUCUUCUUUUCUGUGAUGUGUUUGCAUAGGAUGCAAAAGUGCCGGGUGCUAACUGUGAGGUUGUUCGCCAGGAUGCAGCUGGACAGCCAAUGGACGAGAUGGAAUUGCGUUAUCGUAGGAUAGUGCUCAUUGGGUACCGUAGUGUAUAGCUUAUAUAAUCAAUAGUCUAGCAUUCAUGGUUUUUGCAAAAUACAAGUACUCGAAUACUCGUACAGUAUCAUAAUAGUAGUAUUGUAUGACACUGAUUGGCUUGCGGGGCCGUUGUGGCUAGAGUACCGUAAAUAGAGGGUUCGCCUGACCUUUUCUCCCA